GCCCCGGCGGCCUCCCCGCGCUAGGCGCCCCCGCGGCCCUGCCCCGGAGAUGCUGCCCUGGAGGAGGCACAAGUUCGAGCUGCUGGCCGAGGCGCCGCGGCAGGCGGCCAAGCCCAAGGGCUACGCGCUGCGCCUGCACUACUCGGCGCUCGGCUCGCUGGCGCGGGCGUGUCCCGAGGGCGCGCUCAGCCGGGUGGGCGGCAUGUUCCGCUCCAAGCGCAAGAAGCUGCGCAUCACCAGCGAGGACCCCACCUACAGCGUGCUCUACCUGGGCAACGCCACCACCAUCCAGGCGCGCGGCGACGGCUGCACCGACCUGGCGGUGGGCAAGAUCUGGAGCAAGAGCGAGGCGGGCCGCCAGGGCACCAAGAUGAAGCUGACGGUGAGCGCGCAGGGCAUCCGCAUGGUGCACGCCGAGGAGCGCGCGCCGCGCCGCCCGGGCCACCUGUACCUGCUGCACCGCGUCACCUACUGCGUGGCGGACGCGCGGCUGCCCAAGGUGUUCGCCUGGGUGUACCGGCACGAGCUCAAGCACAAGGCGGUGAUGCUGCGCUGCCACGCGGUGCUCGUGUCCAAGCCCGAGAAGGCGCAGGCCAUGGCGCUGCUGCUCUACCAGACGUCGGCCAACGCGCUGGCGGAGUUCAAGCGGCUCAAGCGGCGGGACGACGCGCGGCACCAGCAGCAGGAGCUCGUGGGCGCGCACACGGUGCCGCUCGUGCCGCUGCGCAAGCUGCUGCUGCACGGGCCCUGCUGCUACAAGCCGCCCGCCGAGCGCAGCCGCAGCGCGCCCAAGCUGGGCCCCAUCACCGAGGACCCGCUGGGCGAGCAGCAGGAGCAGAGGCUGCAGGAGGAGGAGGCGGACGAGGACCAGGACGAGGACGAGGACGAGGACGAGGAGGAGGGCGAGGACGGGCGGCCCGAGGGCUGCCUGGAGGAGGAGGACGCCGAGGACGGCGCCGGGGAGCAGGCCGAGGCCGAGGCCCGCCGGGCGCUGGCGGCCGCCUUGCACCUGGGCUGCGGGGACCUGCUGGGCGCGCGGGAGGGCGGCGGGGGCUCGGCGGGGCCUGUGCCGCCGGGCGCCCCCUCCGCCGGGCGCGCCGCGCUGUCCCAGCUCAUCCGCGGCCUGGGAGCGCUCAGCUUCGGCAACGACGUGCGCAGCCUGCGGGCCGACCUGCGGGUCACGCGCCUGCUGUCGGGGGACAGCGCCGGCUCCCUCGAGGGCUGCCCCGACGGCCCCAUCGACGGCUGCACCGAGGGCUGCACCGAGGGCUCCAUCGAGGGCUGCGCCGACGGCUCCACCGAGGGCUCCAUCGAGGGCUGCGCCGACGGCUCCACCGAGGGCGGGGACCCGGACGCCCCCCCGGCCCCCGCCGCCGGCCCCGAGGAGCCCUGCUCGGGCUGAGACCUGGCCCCCGCGGGGACCAGCCCGCCCCGGCCCCCGCCCGCACCCCGCGGCAGGGAGACGGUUUGUCCGAGGGUCGAGGCCCAGAGGCGCCGCCCUCCUGCUCUGCACGGGGUGGGGGGCGCGGGACCGGGGCUCAGGGUGACUCGGAGAUGUGCGGGGCCCACCCGCAGGGACGCAGGGAGGCGGGGCUGGGGGAUGCCCGGGCCUGCUUGGCGAGCCUCACCGGCUGCAGGCCCACUAGCUGCAGCCCCCACUAGCUGCAGCCCCAACCCUGCAGGUCCACUAGCUGCAGCCCCAACCAGCUGCAGGCCCACCAUCAGCUGCAGCCCCAACCGGCUGCAGCCCCCCACCGGCUGCAGGCCCACUAGCUGCAGCCCCAAUCAGCUGCAGGCCCACUAGCUGCAGCCCCCACCAGCUGCAGCCCCCACCAGCUGCAGGCCCACUAGUUGCAGCCCCCCCACCAGUUGCAGGCCUACCAGCUGCAACCCCCUCCCCCAACUGCAGACCCCCGUUACCGGCUGCAGCCCCCCCCCCCCACCACCAGCUGCAGGCCCUCGGGUUUCCUGUUUGCCUGAGCAGGAGGCAUUAGUCCCUCCCCUGACCCCACCGACUGACAAUGUGGGGGGGGAAGGCCUAGCGCUGUCCUUAAAACACAUUAUCCUUUUGGCUCUCACGAGGACUUUGAGGCUGCAAUGCCACCUCUCUGCCCCCAGUCUUUUCAGUCUCUUCGGCAAGAGCCUGGGUUGUUUACCUUAGACUCAGACCCUUGACGUUCUGCCAAAUUCCUCAAAUAACUGUUUGGGGGUGGGGGCGGCGGCGGUGGAGCGAUGGAAGAAAGUUGCAAUUUGUUUACAGCGAAAGACAUCUAAUAUCUAAAAAAAAAAAAAAAAAGUUUUUCCUUUGAAGACACACUUUGCUCCUGCUCAAAGGACGUCCCUUCCUGAUCCUGUGUAAAAUAUUUUGCACUGUUGUGAAGUAUUUUUGACUUUUUUUGUACAUAACUGUUCUGAGAGCUAAAUGUUUAUAUCUUUUGCUGUGCAAAAGGGACAUGUAAGAUGUUGUUCAGUUGUAUAUACAGAAAUGUGUAUAAAACAUCUCGUUAUUUUUUAAGAGUGGCACCGCUCUGGUUCUGUUUGCACAGGGGGCCGUGGGGAGAGAAUAAAGAGGACGAUGUCACAGCA